UGUGUGCAUGUGUCCUUAUAGUAGAACGAUUUAUAGUCCUUUGGAUAUAUACCCAGUAAUGGGAUUGCUGGGUCAAAUGGAAUUUCUAUUUCUAAGGCCUUGAGGAAUUGCCACACUGUCUUCCACAAUGGUUGAACUAAUUUACACUCCCACCAACAGUGUAAAAGUGUUCCUAUUUCUCCACAUCCUCUCUAGCAUCUGUGGUCUCCAGAUUUUUUAAUGAUUGCCAUUCUCACUGGCGUGAGAUGGUAUCUCAGUGUGGUUUUGAUUUGCAUCUCUCUAAUGACCAGUGAUGAUGAGCAUUUUUUCAUAUGUUUGUUGGCCUCGUGUAUGUCUUCUUUUGUAAAGUGUCUGUUCAUAUCCUUUGCCCAUUUUUGAAUGGGCUUGUUCAUUUUUUUCCUGUAAAUCUGUUUGAGUUCUUUGUAAAUUCUGGAUAUCAGCCCUUUGUCAGAUGGGUAAACUGAAAAAAUUUUUUUCCAUUCUGUUGGUUGCCGAUUCACUCUAGUGACUGUUUCUUUUGACGUGCAGAAGCUGUGGAGUUUGAUUAGGUCCCAUUUGUUUAUUUUGGCUUUUGUUGCCAAUGCUUUUGGUGUUUUGUCAUGAAGUCCUUGCCUACUCCUAUGUUCUGAAUGGUUUUGCCUAGAUUUCCUUCUAGGGUUUUUAUGGUGCCAGGUCUUAUGUUUAAGUCUUUAAUCCAUCUGGAGUUAAUCUUAGUGUAAGGUGUCAGGAAGGGGUCCAGUUUCUGCUUUCUGCACAUGGCUAGCCAGUUUUCCCAACACCAUUUAUUAAACAGAGAAUCCUUUCCCCAUUGCUUGUUUUUGUCAGGUUUAUCAAAGAUUGUAUGGUUGUAGAUAUGUUGUGUUGCCUCCGAUGCCUCUGUUCUGUUCCAUUGGUCUAUAUCUCUGUUUUGGUACCAGUACCAUGCUGUUUUGAUUACUGUCGCCUUGUAGUAUAGUUUGAAGUCCGGUAGUGUGAUGCCUCCUGCUGUGUUCUUUUUGCUUAGAAUUGACUUGGCUAUGCGGUCUCUCUUUUGGUUUCAUAUGAAGUUCAUGGUGGAUUUUUUCCAGUUCCGUGAAGAAAGUCAAUGGUAGCUUGAUGGGGAUAGCGUUGAGUCUAUAAAUUACUUUGGGCGGUAUAGCCAUUUUCACGAUAUUGAUUCUUCCUAACCAUGAACAUGGAAUGUUUCUCCAUCUGUUUGUGUCCUCUCUUAUUUCAUUGAGCAGUGGUUUGUAGUUUUCCUUGAAGAGGUCCCUUACGUUCUUUGUAAGUUGUAUGUUAUAUGUGAAGUUGAUCCUGCCAUUUUGAUGCUAGCCAGUUGCUUUGCCCAUUAGUUCACGUGGUUUCUUCAUUGUGUUGCUGCUCUUUACCAUUUGGUACGUUUUGGAAUGGCUGGUACUGGUUGUUCCUUUCUAUGUUUAGUGCUUCUUUCAGGACCUCUUGUAUGGCAGGCCUGGUGGUGAUGAAAUCUCUCAGCAAUUGCUUGUUUGUAAAGGAUUUUAUUUCUCCUUCACUUAUGAAGCUUAGUUUGGCUGGAUAUGAAAUUCUAGGUUGAAAGUUCUUUUCUUUAAUGAUGUUAAACAUUGGCCCCCACUCUUCUGGCUUGUAGGUUUCUGCUGAGAGAUCCACUGUGAGUCUGAUGGGCUUUCCUUUGUGGGUAACCCAACCUUUCUCUCUGGCUGCCCUUAGCAUUUUUUUCUUAUUUCAACCCUGGUGAAUCUGACGAUUAUGUGCCUUGAGAUUGCUCUUCUUGAGGAAUAUCUUUGUGGUGUUCUCUGUAUUUCCUAGACUUGAAUAUUGGCCUGUCUUGCUAGGUUGGGGAAGUUCUCCUGGAUAAUAUCCUGAAGAGUGUUUUCCAGCUUGGAUUCAUUCUCUCCAUCACAUUCAGAUACACCUAUCAAAUGUAUAUUUGGUCUUUUCACAUAAUCCCACAUUUCUUGGAGGCCUUGUUCAUUUCUUUUUACUCUUUUCUCUUUAAUCUUGCCCUCUCAUUUUCUUUCAUUGAGUUGUUCUUCAGUCUCUCAUAUACUUUCUUCUGCUUGGUCAAUUCGGCUACUGAAACUUGUAUAUGAUCUGUGAAGUAUAUGAUUGUGUUGUGUUUUUCAGCUCCAUCAGUUCAUUUAUAUUCCUCUCUAAGCUGUUUAUUCUUGUUAGCAUUUUGUCAAACCUUUUUUCAAGGUUCUUAGUUUCUUUGCAUUGGGGUAGAACAUGUUCUUUUAGCUCAGAGAAAUUUGUUAUUACCCAGCUUCUGAAGCCUGUUUCUGUCAAUUCAUCAGAUUCAUUCUCCACCCAGCCUUUUUCCCUUGCUAGUGAGGAGUUGUGAUUCCUUGGAGGAGGAGAGGCAUUCUGGUUUUGGCUGUUUUCAUCCUUUUUGCACUGGUUUCUUCCUGUCUUUGUGGAUUUAUCCACCUGUGUUCUUUGUAGCUGGUGACUUUCAAAUGGGUCUCUGAGUGGAUGUCCUUUUUGUUUAUGAUGAAGUUAUUUCUUUCUGUUUUUUUAGUUUUCCUUCUAACAGUCAGGCCCCUCUGCUGUAGGACUGCUGGAGGCCCACUCCAGAGCCUGCUUGUCUGGUGAUCACCUGCAGUGGCUGCAGAACAGUAAGGGUUUCUUCUAUCUUUGUCCCAGAAGGAUAACCCCCAGAUAUCAGCCUGAGCUCUCCUUUAUGAAGUCUCUCUUUGGAUAUACGGGGGUCGGGGAGCUGCUUCAGGAGACAGUCUGUCCCUUAUAGAAGCUCAAGUGCUGAGCUAUGAGCUCCAUUGUUCCAUUCAGGGCUGCUGGGCAGGUACAUUUAAGUCUGCUGCAAUGGAACUCAUAACAACCUUUUUUUCCCAGGUGCUCUAUCCUGGGAAGGUGGGGCUUUAUUUAUAAGUUCCUGACAUACUGCUGCCUUUUUUCAGAGAUGCCCUGCCCAGUGAGGAGGUAGCCUGGUCACAGUCUGCCAGCAGAGGCAUUGCUGAGUUGCCGUGAGCUCUGCCCAGCUGCUGUGUGAACUUCCUUGCAGUUUUGUUUAUAGAGGUAUAGUUAGAACUGCCUCGGUAAUGGUGGUCUGCCUCAGUAAUGGCAGACUGCUUUGGUAGUGGUGGACUGCUUCGGUAAUGGCAGGUGCCCUUUGCCCCACAGAGCUUGACUGUCCCGGGUCCGGCUGUGUUUGCUGUGAAACUCUCAGUCCAGAGCGUUUCAGAUUGCUGGUCUUUGUGGGGGUGGAACUGGCCAAGCCAGAUCACCUGGCUCCUGUUUCAGCCCCCUUUUUUUCAGUUAAACAAGCUGGGAUUAGAGGUGUGAGCCACCACACGUGGCCAGAAAAGUUCUUUGUAAUGAAAUAAUAUAUAAUUCAAUAAGCAAAUACUUUGGCACUAUUAUACCCUAUGACAUAACAAAGUGGUCAGAUGCUACCACUACCUAUAAUGAGUAAGUUUAGAUAUAAGAAAAGCAAGACAAUAUUUGAUUGGUUAAUAUAGCCUCUCUCUUUAAUCUUCCUUCUAUUUAACAUUUUAAACUGUUUUCCUAUAUAAUCACUGGGUGUUGUAUGAAUGAAUCAAAUACUGAGAGCCACAAUAUCAUUAGUGAUGUGAUGUUUCUGAAAUAUCAAAUAGACUAAAAAACAUCCAGAAAAAAAGCAAAGCAUAAUUUCCCCUCUAUUUACAUGAUUUUUUUUUUUGAGAUGGAGUCUCGCUCUGUCACCCAGGCUAGAGAGUGCAAUGAUGCAAUUGCAGCUCACUGCAGCCUUCACCUCCUGGGUUCCAGCAAUUCUCCUGCCUCAGCCUCCCAAGUAGCUGCGAUUACAGGCAGCCACCACCAUGCCCAGCUAAUUUUUGUAUUUUUAUUAGAGAUGGGGUUUCAUCAUGUUGGCCAGGCUGGUCUUGAACUUUUGACCUUAAGUGAUCCACUUGCCUUGGCCUCCUAAAGUGCUGGGAUUACAGGUGUGAGCCACCACACUUGGCCCUUAUUUACAUGAUUUUUAUUUUCUUGGAACAUUGUGAUGCACAGUUUGAACCCUGUAAAAACACUUUAUAUGUAACAUGGAGUUAGAUGCUAGGCUGUCUUCAUGUUAUAUACAGAUAGAUUCUUCACCCUUAUUAAAGUGUGGCAGGACUGCCCAGCUCAUGGCUGGCUGGCUGGCACUCCAGGCCUCUGCCCAGUAAUACCUUCCAUACACUGUGACAAUGAAAAACACCCCUGGAAAUUUCCAAAACCCUCCCUGGGUGGCAGUACCAGCCCCGCUGAGUACUGUUGUUGGAUCCUUAUGGAUCAGAAGCAUUUUCAUCUAUCUUUGUUGAAAAAAUACUGUUAUAUUGCUGGAGGGCAUUUGAUUUUUGACACAUUCUAGAAUUAUGUCUAACACUAUGGGUUUGCCUGAUUCCCACUUUACUUUCUGAAUCAGAAUGGACCUGAUCUGUAUCCCUGCCUGGCUGGGGAAGUGACCUGAGUUCACUGCCAAGAUAGCUGGGACUUGUGUGCAGAGGGGGCAUCAGCAGGAAGGUUUGUGACACAGCACAAUGCCACCCUGCAGGCAACCUUAUCAUAACCCUUGUUCUUCAGAGGGUGUGUAGGAUCUUGGAAGCCCUAAGCAGAACGUACAGAUGCCUCCAUUGUACAGAUAAGGAAACUGAGACCCAGAGAGGGAAAGAGACUUGGCUGAGUCACACAAUUUUCUUAACUGGAACUGUUCCAAAGCCAGAGAGUGGUGAAAAUGUUUGACCGCACCGUCAAACCGCACGGCCUCCUUUCCACCGUCCUGUGGUUCCGCACUCACCGUGAGCUGAGAGGUCCGUGCAGACACCUGUGUUCCAGUUCAAGGUUCGAAUGGUGAAAGAUGGUGACCCUUCCUGGAAGCCCACUUUUAUCGUGAAACCUGAUGGUGGUUGUCAGGGUGACGGAAUCUACCUCAUUAAAGACCCCAGUGACAUCCGCCUGGCAGGGACCCUCCAGAGCAGGCCGGCGGUGGUCCAGGAGUACAUCUGCAAACCUCUCCUUAUCGACAAGCUCAAGUUUGAUAUUCGUCUGUAUGUCUUACUCAAGUCCUUAGACCCCUUAGAGAUUUAUAUAGCCAAAGACGGACUCUCCAGGUUUUGUACUGAGCCAUAUCAGGAGCCCACCCCCAAAAACCUGCACCACAUUUUUAUGCACUUAACCAACUAUUCCCUGAACAUCCACAGCAGCAACUUUGUCCAUUCAGACAGUGCUAGCACAGGCAGCAAAAGGACUUUUUCCAGCAUCCUUUGUAGACUGUCUUCCAAAGGCGUUGACAUCAAGAAGGUCUGGUCUGACAUCAUCUCCCUCGUGAUAAAGACUGUCAUCGCGCUGACUCCAGAGCUCAGGGUCUUCUACCAGUCGGACAUCCCCACAGGGAGGCCAGGCCCCACGUGCUUCCAGAUUUUAGGCUUCGACAUUCUUCUAAUGAAAAACCUGAAGCCUAUACUACUUGAAGUAAAUGCAAAUCCCAGUAUGAGAAUCGAACAUGAGCACGAACUUUCUCCAGGGGUGUUUGAAAAUGUCCCCAGCCUUGUUGAUGAAGAAGUGAAAGUGGCUGUGAUCAGAGACACUCUGCGCCUCAUGGACCCACUCAAGAAGAAAAGGGAGAACCAGUCUCAGCAGCUUGAAAAACCAUUCGCUGGCCAGGAAGAUGCUUUGGACGGUGAGCUGACCAGUGCUCCAGAUAGCAACGCCAACCCCGAAGCCCACCUGCCCUCCAUUUGCCUCAAGCAGGUGUUCCCCAAGUACGCAAAGCAGUUCAACUACCUGCGCCUGGUGGACAGAAUGGCAAAUUUGUUUAUCCGGUUCCUGGGAAUCAAGGGGACAAUGAAGUUGGGACCAACAGGCUUUCGUACCUUUAUAAGGAACUGCAAACUCAGCAGCAGCAGCCUGUCCAUGGCCGCUGUGGACAUCCUCUACAUUGACAUCACACGGAGGUGGAACUCCAUGACCCUGGACCAGCGGGACUCAGGGAUGUGUCUGCAGGCCUUCGUAGAAGCCUUCUUUUUCCUGGCUCAGAGGAAGUUCAAGAUGCUGCCACUUCAUGAGCAGGUGGCUUCGCUGAUUGACCUGUGCGAGUACCACCUGUCCCUGCUGGAUGAAAAGCGCCUGGUGUGUGCCCGGGGCAUCCCCUCUGGGGGCCGACCCGCCCACCGUGGCACUCCCCAGGAGUCCUCCCCCUCAGCCCAGCUGGCUGGGGACAACCUCCAACCCCGCACCAGCUGCGCCAAUAAGCUGUCCCAUCCCAGACAUACCCUUUCCUGAGGGCCACUCUGUCUUCGCAGAAGAUGGAAGAUGAGGGUGACUUUCAGGACUGGAGAGCCCCAGGCAUUCUGCCUGCAGGCCGCCGAAGGGCCUGGCUGCCCCGCCCCCAUGAACCGUCUCUGCUUGUGGCUGAGCUGCACUUCACCAGGUUGGCUGGUUCUCACCUGCCUUCCUCCCCGCACCUCUUGGUGAUACACCCUGUUUUCGAGUCAUCAGUGGACAUAUGACAUCUAAAACGUGACAGAUGGCAGCUUCUAUUCUGGGCUCACAGGAAGCACCAACUGGGGCAAAUCUGUUGUGUUUGGGGCACGGGACACAAACGAUCCCAAGGCCUGGAGCCGUGGAGAGGAAGCCGAGUGCUGGGAUCUGCCGGGACCUCCGCACGCCCACAGGGAAAAGCCCGAGAACAUUGUGUUUAUUUCCUGCCACCCGCUCCAUGAGAAGGAAGUGGAAAUAUCAAGUAGGCGUCUGCGAAUCUCCCAUCCCAAUCAUGUGCUACACGGGUGUAGUGAACAGAUUACCCUCAUUUAGUUCAUUAGCUUGCCUGUUGCUGCAAUGUUUGGUUUGCUAUUAAUUAAGAAAUAAUUAAUCAAGAAGUAACUAAGACUCCUAGAGCCUCAGAGCUGGCAGGAGCCUCAGAGGUCAUUUUGUUUGAUUUUGUUUGACUGUGAUCCCAGAGCAGGAAUCCCAUCUUUAGCCUCCCUGAUCAGAUGGUCAGAGUGGACCCCUGCAUAGGUAGGGUGCUGGUCACGUGGCCAGUGUGUCCACAAGAAGCACUGCCAGGUGUCCCUGCAUGCCCAGCACUGUGUUGGGAGCCCUUAGUAAGGAGAGGAAAUCAGACGUGGAUGAGAACCAGAGCGAGAGGAGGAGUGCAUGUUAGGCUUGGUGCCAGGGACAGGGAAGCUCAAGCUCUCUCUUCCAUGAGACCCUUUCCUUGUCUCCAUCUGUAUCCCCAGGUAGCCCCCCUCUCAGAGGAAACACCUCAGAGGCAGCGGAAGGUGGUGUUUUGGAAACAGCCUUGGUCACGUCAGGGUGCAGGUCCCAUUGAAGACAGGCAGACCUGACCUGGCAAAGCCAAGCUCUCCAGAGUGUGGUUGGAUUUGAGGUUGAUGUGGCGCUUUCCUGGAGGGUCCCUUUAAAGGAUGCUGAGGGCCCUGGGAAGAGUCAAUCAUCAGGCUCCAAGCGAGGUGGAGGAAAGUCUUUGAGGCACUAGUACUGUGCCUGGUACACAGAAGGACUCAGAAAAGGCUCGUAUGCACGGCCAGGGAGAGGGGCGUGGGAGGCAGAGGCGCAUCCCAGACAAGCCCCUGUAGCUUUUUCCUCCCUGCCAACAUCCUGUCCUGCCUCCUGACCCAAGUCCUCUUCCCUCAAACUGAGAAGAGCAGUUGACUCACGGCCUAGCCCACAGCCUGGUUCAUAACAGGUACUCAAAAGCAUCUGUGGAAACAAGUUACUUGAAUCCGCCUUCCCCAGGUAUUUUUAAACCCAAAGAGAAGGUUUUUAAUCCAAGGUGUCUCCAGUUGUUGGCAAGUGAUUUGAGAGCAGGGGCUGCUGUGUUCCUCCUUGUCUGGGGCUCCUUGCUGCCGGGAGCUUACCCUCUCAAGGAGGAAAACCGGUGUCCCCUGGUGUGGCUGCCGUGCAGUGCCCCUUCCCUGCCACUAGCAGAGCCCAAAGGCUGCCGCUCUUCCCCAGCCUAGAGGGGCUGUGGGCCCGAGCCCGGCAGAACCCACUCUGGGCUGUUCAGUGUCAGCAGACUUAUGCAAUGACUUUAUUUUCCCAAGCAGAAGGCGGGAUAGGUGGGAAGAUGGCACAGGCAGAAUAUGCCUGCUGAGGUGUGUCGAGUGCCCCCUACUUGGGGCACGGUGGCGGUGUCAUUGGCUCAGUUCCCCAGGUCCUAGGGCAGGUCCGUACCACUGCUCCCCUUUCAGAUGAGGAAAGGAAGGCCCAGGAGGCCAUGUGGUCAGGACUUGGUCCAGGUCUGUCUGUCGGCUCCUUGUCCCUAGGCGAGCAUGAAUUCAGCUCCAAGUAGAGACCCCGCAGGACUACCCCGCUCGGGGCUGCCUGGGGCUUGUCAUGGUCUGGUGGCAUGCGACAAGGCAGUCAGGACUCCUAAAUGGUCCAGUGUGAGAAACAACGUUGGAAGCCCCCAUGCGGCUCUCCCAAUGCCCUUUGGCAGAACAAAUGUAUUUCCCAGAGAAAGGCCAGAGGAAAUGAGUCGGGGCACACUUGUCAUCAAGUGGGAGCCACCAAGAGUCUUAACAAAGUUCUCACUCGGCACUCUUUCUUGAGGUUGGUCUUUAGACGGUAUUCAUUUGCCAAAAUGGAGUUCAAUGUUCGGGUCCAAAACCAGCCAAGCACACUGAAUGUUUUGAAAAAUAAAAUAAAGAGGUUGAAUUCCAGCCACCUUGUCUGGGGUGAUAUAAAAUCGUCAGCUCUCCUGGUGAGGAAGGGCCUCUCCCACCCCUGCCAUUAUCUGGAGGCAGGUUGCUCCCCCCACCAUGGCUCCUGUAUCCUGGGAGUAGCCCCUCCUCUGUCGACAAGGCCCCAAAUAAGCCCCAGGACACGGAGCCUCGCUGGUGAUUUUCUGAGAGGCCAUUUGUGACAGAUUGGCCCCUUUUCAGUUCAACCAAAAGCAUUUCGAGGCUGCUCCAUUAUCAGAAUGAGUGAUAGCUGACUCACCCCGCCUCCUCUGUUCCUAAGAAGAAGUCCCACUGUAUUUACCCCUUUGGUAAUCGGCCACUCAUUUUAUUGGUGUAAUUGAAGCAAUAGCAAAAGCAGAUUGCUUCCUCCAAGAGGACAGGAAGCAGAGCCCAGAGUCCGGCGGGCCCAGGGGCCCUAGCACAUAGCUGUGCAGCCCCUGUGCUUUGCUGCGAGAUAAGCCCGGUCCCUGGAAGGGCCCUCAGUACCCAUCUCCAGCGUCUUCUCUCUCUCCCUCUCCUGUCCCCUCCCCCUCUUACUGACACCUGUCUUGCCCCACCCCCAGCGCACACACAGCCCAGCCACAUGGAUGCUCUCCCUAGUCUGCUGACUGAGUUCCUGGAGAGCUGGGUGCUCCAGGGCUUGGAACGAACGGGUAAGAUCAGGCCCAGCCAGUUCUUAGUUUGAGGAGUUCACAUCCAAGUAUGACAAGUUAGUGGGCCCAACCUGGGGAGAGAUGCAUCAGAACAGGGCAGACCCACCCUUUCCUGCUGUGCUAGUCUUGCCCCUUUGGGUGUACCCCUGGGCAGCUUCCUUGCUCCUGCCAUGCUGACCCUGCCUGCCCUUCCUUCCAACCUCCCAGGGGAACAGGCUCAGCGUUUCUGCUAUUAGGGGCAGGAGCUGUGUCCUCACGGCCUGGCCAGAAUGGAGCCUGCGGUAGGUGCUUAUAAAGACCCACUGGAUUCAGUGCCACUGUUGGCAAGUGCUGGUCCCAACAGACCCCUCCCCAUGUGCAGAGGCAGGGCUUCCAGGAGAGAUGAGCGUCCAUCCCUAAAACAAACUGCCUGGAUUCCUCUUCCUUCUCCGCCCAGCCUCUGCCCACUCCCCCGAACUCAGAUAUGAUCUCUCGCCUGGGCUUCCGCUGCCUCCCUGCCUCUCACCCCUCCACCCUACCCUCCAUCCCCACUAGUGUGGAAGGAACUCGGAGAGCAACAGAGCUGAUGUUCAGUCGCCUAUUGAAAGCAGCCCCCAUCGGUGCCCUUCCUUUCUUUCCAUCGUAAGGCCCAUGCCUGGCCCCCACACCCCAGGGCCAGGCUCUGUGGCCUCCCUGAGCCCCUGUCCUACCCCUGCUCCCAGGACUGUUUGUAUCUGUUGUCACCAGACAGGAGGAGGUGUGCUAUUUCCCGCCAUCCUUGUCUUCUGCCCCUCUGCCUGGAAUGGCCUUCCUCUGCCCAGUGGCAAACAGACUUCCAAGGCCCAGUUCUAAUACCCUUGCUGCAAUCCCCAAAACAGAGUGAGUGGUUCCCUCCCCACACUCCCAAGAACUGGAAAGUUCCUGUAUUGUCGCGCAUACUGUGGGACCACAGCAUUGGCUCCCACCAAGUUGUGCGUUCCUGCAGGAUCAGGCAUGUGCUAGGGCCAUGUUGGCACGGAGCGGGUGCUUGCUGUGAAUAGGAACAUUUAGCAGACCCCAGGAGAAGAGAUAGUGUGACCGCGCUUGUUCUCCGCCUCGCCUGUGGAUGCCUUUAAGAAGCACAGAUUUCUAAACCUUGCCAAGCCAAUCUGCUGAACACCUCUACAUCCCCGCCUGCCUUGUUGGCUCCCUGGGAUUCGGCAGCUGUCUUGUGUCCGUAGACAAAUAAUGGCUCCUCUGACCCUAGGUGUCUCUCCACGGUCCUUUGUGGGCAGACCUGGGCUGUGUACCAAUGGGCACCCCCUCUCGUUCAGUCUCAGAGACAGGAUGCCAGGCUGGACAGUCCUCACCAACAACACCCCUCCAGCCAGCCUCCCUUCAACUCUGCAUUGCCCUGAGUUUGUGUGGAGUUGGUAAGUUCCCAGCAGGUCCUCCUGAUGUGCAUGUGGGUAGCCAGGGGAAGGAAGUGGGAGGGUAGGGGCACAGACACUUGGAAUGGUGUCCUUAUCCUACAUGAUUUUAUCUGCACAUGCUCAAUCCUUCACAGUUUAGCAAGUACUUUUAGAUCCAUCCAACCUCAUGAAGGAUGAGGAUCGUUGGCACUCUUUUUUCCCUGAGGUGGAGAACUGGCUUCCAGGAGGCUUAGUGACUGACUGAGGUCUCGAGGUCUCUGGCUGGUGAAGCACAGAGCCAGGGUCCCCCAGAGGCUUCCAGCUGGCUCCAGAUCCCACACUCCUUCCUCAGCACUUCUUGGUUCUGCACGGUGCCUCAGUGCUCCCCAAAACAUCCCAUUUGCAGAUGUGGAAACCCACGUCCCACAAAGGCUGGGUGUUGGCUCCACUCAGUUCUGCGGACUUAGCUUGGGGCUGUCUGGCCUGCUCUCCUCCUGCCGAGCACCCCAGGAAGUUCUCCCAGCCACUCAGUGAGAGUAGCAAGUCCUGUCUCACUUGAUCUUUGGGAGCAUAAGAGGAGCUCACAGAAAACGUCAUCAAUGCGAAAGUGUUUUGUAGACCAAAGUGCUGCAGCGUUAUCUUCAGCCUGGCUACUGGCUUCCUACAAAGUGUAAAGGGAUGAAGGUAAAAGCUCUUUCCUGAAUAAUGUUAUCCAUCAAGUCAGAUGAAACCACACCAGUCAGCUCUUCCUGCCCCUCCCCUCCUCCCCUUCAUUCCCACAUAUUUAAAGACAUUUAUAGCCUGAGAAAUUAUUCCGCUGCUUCUCUGACACCCGGAAUGUGCCUUGUGAUUGGCAGUGUCCCUCCAGAAUAGCUUAAUUUUUUCCCCAUUUCUUGACUAAUGUCCUCUACUCCUCAGCCCUCUAAUUGAGAAUUGGGCUUGCAAUGGCCAGGACAAGAGAACAUCUUCCCUGAAAGCUCAGAAAUGAUGGCUCUCCCAGCAGGGAGCUGGCGUUCCCUGCCGCCGCCGAGAGCGCUGCCCUCUUUGCAUGGAGGGAUCGUUCACUACCGUGUAUAUUAACCUGAAAUCCACCUCGCCUUGAUGGAUAUUUUUGCCAAUCUCCCUUUUGGUUUGAUGAAUGUGAGAGAAAUUUUCCCAUAUGGCAUACGAAUUUCUCCCUCACAAAAUAAGUCUAAUUUUUUUUCUGUUUCUGGAGCAGCUCUGCAGAAUAGGCCACAGCUUCAAUUACCUUUAUCUCCAGUAGCCAAAAGUCUUGAUUGUUAUAUAACCGGGAAAACCACAUGGCAUAAUACUUAUAUACACACAUGCAUGCACGCACGCACAUACACACACGCACGCACGCACAUACACACACGCACGCACACACAUACACGCAUGCAUACACAUACACGCACGCACACACACACUGAGCACUGCCGAACUUUGGCGGAAAAUGGCAAAAUUACUGAUGUUUUUCUAAUUUCUGGUGAUUGGCUUCUGAGUCUUAUUUAGAGAGCGGAGUGGAAAGGGCUCUUUGCAGCCCCAGGGUAGUGUCGUGCUUACCAAGAGGCUCGUGGGAAACCUUGCCUCCAACAUGAAGAAGGAGUUUGCUAAGAUUCCAACCAGUACCCAGUCUUGGGCCACAGAACACUGUCUGCUCCCCCAGACCUUCCCAGACCACAGGGAUAUUUUCCCUUCAGAAGCCCUUGCAUCAGAAUGGGAAAAAUGAGGGCUAAGAAUCCCAGAGGAGGCUGUGAACUGUUCAGGAAAGUGAGGGCUUUGCCGUCAGACCUGGGUCUGAACUUGGCUGUGUCUGUCCUUUUCUCCCUAAAUGGCCAUGGGCCAGUGACUUUACCUCUCUGAUCCCUGCUCCUUGCCUAGAUAGUAAGGAUCACAUCACAAUGUAUGUAAAGAGCCGAGUGUGGGACUUGGCACCUGCGAAGUGUCUUGAUACCUGUCUGUUGAGAAAAGGGAGGGUCUCAAAGCAAGGAAACGACACAGAUGCCAGGAAAUACGUCUGCCCAGCUCCACCUCCCUGACGGGGGAGGCUCCUGGAGGUCUGGUGAGAGGCCCCAGGUGCUCCAGCCCUCCCUGCUCCAUGCUGAGCUCUGCCUUUAAGAGACUGCAGCUCCUGCCUCUUAAAAGCCUUUAAAAAUUCUUUAUUAAAUUUUCAUGGCGCAUAAAGUCAAGGUUCUGUUACUUGGCCUCAGUUGUCUUGGCAACUUUGUAAAAUGCAAUAAUAAAACGAAGCUGAGUGUUGCUAAACACAGGCUCGUUGUAGAAACGA